GUCUCUGCUGAGUGCUGUGAGGUGGAGGCAACCGUGACAUGGGAGCUGCACUCAUGAAGCGUUAUCCAGACCUUGCCCGCCACGUGAUUGUUUCUUCUGACACCAAGGGUUCCAUUGCAACUGCUUGUCAAAAUGGUGGUAUUGUCCUUAUUAGUGGCACAGGAAGCAACGCACUUCUCCUAAACCCCGAUAGCAAGACUUAUCGCUGUGGAGGCUGGGGUCACCUCCUUGGUGAUGAAGGAGGAGCUUACUGGAUUGCUGCUAGAGCUGUCAAGUUGUUGUUUGAUGAGGAUGACAACCUGAUUGAUCCACCAUUUAACACCGCCCAACUACGAGACAUUGUAUACACUCACUUUGAACUGAAAGACAGAGGUAACCUCUACUCAGCCCCCUUCUCGCACUGUACCUCUCACUACAAACCAGGCAGGCCAAUGCUUGGUCAGGCCACAAAUAAGGAUUUUGCUACCCACGUGAUGGAAGCAGCCCUAUUUCACAUACCCUCUCUAUCACAGGUAACAAGUGCUCUUGGAGCUAUCUACCUGGGAGCUUCAGUAGCAAAGUAUGAUCUGCCACGUGACUACGGAAAGAAUGCUCGAGCCUUCUUCACACACAUCCAGCCCGAAUCCCUCGGAGCCACCAAGGUUGCUACUCCUAAAUUACAGAUGAAGUUCCCCAAGAGCCUUACACCCAAGACACAGCCUAAGUUCCCACAGAACCACACAGAGGGCAUCCAACAAGAAAAUGAUCUUGAGAAUGGCCACUCAAAUGGUCAUGCUAAUGGCCACUCAAAUGGUCAUGCUAAUGGCCAUUCUAAUGGUCAUUCCAAUGGUUUUGCCAAUGGUCACCAGAAUGGUCAUGGUCAGUCAAAUGGCCUUGCCAAUGGACAUUCCAAUGGCAUUUUCACCCUGGCAGCAGAGGGAAGUCUUGUAGACAGCACAAGCCGCUAGAGUGUGAAUGACAACAUUCUGAGAAUUUGUUUCUCCAGAGUAGGACUUGCAGGAAUAAACAAACAUAACCUCAUUAGCAACCACACAUUACCUUUCAAGGUAGACAGCCUUGACCGUGUUGUGUUUGCCCAUUUUUUUGCUGCAGUUUUGAAACCAGUAUACAGUACUUCAUAUAAUGUGUCAUUAAAGUCAUUAAAUCAAGCUCUAAGGUAAAAAAUAAGAAUAUUAAUUUUUGGGAUAUAGAAGUCGGUUAUCUAUGUAUACUGUGUGUUUUUUAUGGUAUGAAGCCUAUAAGCAGUUGGGUGUACCAUUUUCAUGGAGGAAAUUUUCCACAAAUAUUGUUAUUCAUUCUUAUGAAUGAAUGUCAUUGUGCUUCAGCUAUGUAAUUUUACAAAGCUUGAAAUACAUCUUGGGCUUUGCCCAUCAAAGUUAUUUAUUUAAAAGGAAAAUAUUUUAGAUGAAUGUAAAUAAUUCCAAAAUAUUUAAUGUUAUUUUGAUAUAUUUUAUGAGAAAAAGACCCCAUAAUUGUUAAUGAAAAUGUUGAUAAUAAUAUGAAAAUAGAUUUUGAAAUGGCUCAUUCUAAUUGCCUUGAAUUAAAUGUUCAUACACAUUGCUCAGGAUUUAUAUAAAGGAUGGUUAUCCUUUACUUAAUUAAAGGAAAAAUAGUAGAGAGUUCUCUACUUAUGGCCUGCUUAGUUUUGGACAUAUUUCAUUUGUUCUACAUUUAACAUACGCAUACCUGAAUGUACCUAUCAUUUGCAUACAGACAAGGCAAUCAUGCUUCCAUCUACACAUCCAUUUCAUCUUUGAAUGUACUUUCAUAUACUGAGGUAUGAGUCUGUGAUGUGAAAUGUCAAAAUUUCAGUUACUCUUUUCCUUUAAUAAUUCAUAAUAUAUGUUCAUUUAAAGAGAUGCUUACGAUGAAAAUCAGUAAGAUAUCACUAUUUUGCUCAUGAUAUUGUUUAGGAUAAGAUUGAGGCAAAAUCAUUUCAUUUAUUAUAAUGAUCUUAAACUUUGUGUGCUGGGUCUGAAGAAUCAGAUCUGACAGAUUAGCUUCAUGAAGUUCAGUAGUGCAUCUUUCUAUGUACAGUCAGAUGCAGCUCUCCUCUGCCUUGCUUCCAAUGCCAACUUGGUUGGAGAGUCGGUUCUGGAACAUCAACAAUGUACUUUUUUAUGUCCAGAGAAUUGUAUUUCUAGUAUUCAGUGGUAUAAAAAAUAUAUAUAUUGUAAACUUAAUAUAAUCUAAUCAGCUGCUGCCAACACUGCACUCUUAUGUUUGUCAGUUUUUAUUUGAAAUAAAUAUUUUGCUAAACCUAUUUUGAUGCCCUGCCAUCCAUGCUGUACACUGUUAACAAAAGGAGUAAUAAUUGAUUUAAUAGUAAUGAUAAUGAUCAUAGACAAACUCUCACCUAUUCCAAAAAUAACUUAGGUCUGUUGUUGGUAAGUUUUGAUUUGGAAAUGUGUUUGGGGGAAUCUUUCCACAGGGAGCCAACCUCCUCGUCUAAGCAUUCAGUAAGAAAAAAAAUUGUGGUUACUGGAUAUUAUAUUAUUUGCAGAGUAGCAUACCAUUCCAGAUUUAACAAAUGAUUGUUAGUUUGUACGUGUAAUAUGUAUAAAUAUUCAGUAUGCAUACAUAAAAGGG